AUGAAUUCCAACGCACAUGACAUCAAGGGGGGCAUAGAAACCCCCUCGCAAGAGGGGAAACACGCCCUCCAUGUGGAACACGGGGCCAAGGAUGAGGACGAUAGCAUUGCCUCUGAGCCCGAUUGGGAUCCCUUCACCCCGUUUCCUAUCGUCGAGGGAGCCCCGGAAGAAGCUCGCUCACAGAUUCUCACAAUUCGCGCGGUAGUUGUUGGGUGUAUGUUGGGAGGGUUGGUCAAUGCCUCCAACGUUUAUCUAGGUGAGUAGGAGCGCGCUCUUAUAGGUCCAAUGAUAGAGAGAAAAAAGGGGAGAGAGAUGUAGACUGAUGCAUUGUGAUGAGAAAAAAAGGUCUCAAAUCCGGAUGGACAUUUGCAGCGAAUUUGUUUGGGGCAAUCUUUGGCUUUGCUAUCCUGACCGCGUUCAGCAAGACCCUAGGUCAGAACUUCCCAAUUCUCGGUGGCUCGUUCGGACCGAAGGAGAAUUCUAUUGUUCAGACUUCUGCUACUGCUGCCGGUGGUCUCGGUGCUAUCUUUGUGACUGCAAUUCCGGCUCUGUACCAAUUGAAAUUGCUCAAGGACCCUGUAUCGGACUUUCCCCGUUUGCUCACUUUCACCAUUGUCUCAGCCUAUUAUGGCUUGUUUUUCGCUACUCCUUGUAUGUUCGUUCUCCCCGGCUAUCCAGAGAUGCGUUAAUUAACUAGUGUAAAAGUGCGAAAGUUUUUCAUCAUCCAUACCGCGAGGGAAUUGAAGCUCUAUUUCCCCACAGCAACGGCCACGGCAAUGACCAUCCGCUCUAUGCACUCUCUGACCGGAACUGCCGGAAGGGCUUCAAAGAGGAAGACCAAGGCGCUAGGCAUCACAUUUCUCAUUGCCAUUAUCUUCCGUGUCGGGUCUUCUUAUGCCCCCGGCGUUCUGUGGGAUUGGCAUAUCUUCACUUGGUUCUUUGUCUGGUCGGGAUACUCAAACCAGGCCCUUGCUAUUGAGAACUGGGGAUGGAUUAUUGAAUGGACUCCUGCGUUUAUCGGAAGUGGAAUGCUUGUUGGUCUUAAUCCCGCUAUUUCGUUCUUUGCUGGUUCCGUGCUUGCUUGGGGUGAGCUCUCCUGAGUCUUCUUGCAUGGUGGGUGAAUGGUCUAACAGGCGAUUAGGUAUCAUUGGCCCUCUUCUCGUACAUAACGGCAUGGCAUCUGGUGUUCAAAUGUUUUCGGAGGGAGAUCCUGGAUACGACAAGUGGAAGGGUUUAGUUAGUUUCUAUUCCUUCAACCUGAAGGACCCUAUCAACAGCCCCUCUCCCCGCUACUGGCUUCUCUGGCCGUAUGUACUCCACGGUGCCACCCGAAAUCCUCAUAGCUAACGAUCACUAGUGGUGUGCUUGUCAUGCUUGCUGCAUCCUUCGCGGAGCUUUUCGUGCAGUACAAAUUAAUCUGGUUUGCUUUCAAGUCGGCUCGGAAGGGUAUAGCGAUGGGUCUCAGCACGGGUCUAAGCAAAUUUGGCAAAAGGAGCCCGUUCCUCGAAAAACACUCACGGAUUGAGGUGGAGGACCUAGUCGAAGAUCCCGCAUCUGAGGACGACCAGGUCAAACUCUGGCAAUGGGGCCCUUCACUAAUCGUCACUAUUAUCGCAACCUGCAUUGUCCUUGGUCUUCAAUAUCACUUGAACGUCGGCAUGUCGAUUCUUGCCAUUCUCCUUGGUUUCAUAUUCGCGUUCUUGGUGAUUCAGUGUACAGGAGUAUCCGAUGCUACUCCGUUAACCACGGCUGCAAAGGCCUCCCAGCUCAUCCUCGGCGGUGCAUCCUCGGGCGCCAAUCUUCCGCAAGCCACUGCUGAAAGACUGAACCUUAUCGGAGGAGCCAUCGCCUCAGGAGCCGCAUCCCAAAGUACUGAUCUCACAGCCGACUUCAGGGUUGGCUUCCUCCUCCGCACCCCACCAAUUCUACAGUGGUACGCGCAAGCGAUGGGUUCCGUGGUGGCAAUGUUCAUGUCCCCGGGCAUCUUCAUCCUAUUCAUGAAGGCCUACCCCUGCGUUAUAGACCUUGAAGCCGAGAAAUGCACCUUUUCCGCCCCAUCAGCGGCGGCCUGGCGCGCCGUCACAAUCGCCGCCACGAACCCAACUAUUCCAAUCCCGAAAUCCUCUGGCAUCUUCUCUAUCCUCUUCGGAAUCCUAGCAGCAGUCGUAGUCAUCGUGAGGCACACCUACCUUACAGGGCACCGCGAGAAGUACCGCGCCUACGUACCCAACUUUAUGACCAUGGGUCUCGCUUUUGUGCUUCCGCAAACACAGUUCGCUACUGCUAUGAUGACUGGUGCUAUCAUCGCUUAUGUCUGGGCCAAGAGGAAUCCCGCCACCUUUGAGGUUUUCGCGUACGCUAUUGCCGCGGGUAUGAUGGCUGGUGAAGGAUUUGGCGGCGUUGUUAACGCUAUCUUUGAGAUUGCAGGGAUUGGGUCGAGCGCCCACGGAGUUUCUACUGGAUGUCCUGGAGAUGUGUUUUGUGGUUAGAUUUGGUGUUUUAUUAUGAUUACUAUUAUUAGUCUUUUUUAAUGCGCCUAGUUUGCUGUCGUCAGACCCUGGUAUAUCGCUCCAUGGUAGCGAUAUGGUUUUACGUUUAUUUACGAUGGAGUUUUAUGUUUAUGCUGCAGUUGUUUGGUGCGGCAAGCCGUGGUUAGAAAGUUUGGUAUAAUAAGUAUGAUAAGUAAGAUAAUAAUAUCUUAGAAUAGGAUAAAUGAGGUUGUAUUUCACACACUGCACUCACUCGAAUA